UUAUUCGCGUAAUGAAGUCAUUUAGCCUCUUUCUGUUAGUGGCUUCAACACCUUGUUUCGUUUCUCUCUUAAAAUUACUUGUGUUUCAUUUCUGUUUUGAAACAAAAAAAAAAGACAAAUAAAUACAACUCAAUAAUCCUGGAAAAGACGGGGACGGAGAAAGAAAAAAAAUAAAGUUGGAACUAAACUAAAACAUUUACGUUGCGAGUUAAAUCCGUUUUCUCUGCUUGUAUACAACAAUUUUUUCGAAAAGUCAACUAAAAGCAUUUUUACUUCCAAUCUAUUGGGUGCGCUUGCGCGUCCGAACUUCUAUCGAUAACAUCCUCUACUUGCUCCUUCUCAAAUCAUCAGUUGCUCUUGGUCUUCCGUUACUAGAGGUUACGUUUUGUGGAAACACAAGUUACGUGAGAGCACGUGCAGAUAAAAGCUUUCAAUGUCUUUCAUACACAAAUAAUACUGAUUUUCAAACGAUGUAUUUUAGAAAGAGUUCUUGAAAGAUUUAGCAUUAAAGAAAAGAUGAUGCCAUUAAUGUUAAUAAUGAUGAGGCAGCUUGUGGAGCAGAAACAAAAGCAGAAGAGGCAAAUUCCAGGCAUGGUACAUGCCUCUGAUUCCAGACCUCAGACAGCAAGAGCAUGGAGGGGGGAAGAAGCAAAGCCUCUUAUGUCAGGAUACAGUGUCAACAAAAACAAUCAAGGAGUAGUUCUCUGCUAUGAUGGACCAAUGCAGUAUACAAUGUCUCCAAGUAAUCCAGACGCAAUGCCCGCCAUUCAAGUUUCAUCACAAGUUGCCCAAUCAAAUACAAAUGAUGAAAAAGAAUCAGCUCCAAAACCGGAAGUUAUCGAGACAAAACUAGAAAAGCUGAAUCUUUCAUCGCAAAUCGAUUUCGAUGCAAGUGACGAUGAAGAUGUAUCACCUAUCGAAUCCAUAUCGUUUCCUGAAGAUGGUCCAAGUGCCAUCGAGAGAACAGAAAGAGAAAAUUCUGAAGUCAGAAACGGACGUCCUCCUCUGCAAAGGCAAAAUUCGUCAACUGCAUCUUCAAUAGACACUCCAAAGUUGGAAAGUUUGGAAAUGGAUGAUUGCUUAGGGAAAUUGGAAAAUUUCUUGGAAGAUCUGGCUGCAUUUGCUUCAGAGCCAUGUCCACAGGGUGUAACUGUAAGAUGUCGCAUCACAAGAGAUAAGAAAGGCAUGGAUCGAGGAAUGUUUCCUACUUACUUCCUUCAUUUAGAAAGACAGGAUGGACGAAAGGUGUUCUUAUUAGCUGCAAGAAAAAGAAAAAAAAGUGCCACCUCUAAUUACUUGAUUUCUAUAGAUCCCACUGAUUUAUCUCGGGGAGGAGAUUCAUUCGUUGGCAAACUAAGAUCCAAUCUAUUGGGAACAGUAUUCACUGUAUAUGAUGCAGGAUUCAAUCCUAAAAAGAAACUUAACACCCAAAAGGAUUCCAGAUGUGAAGUAGCUUUGGUUGCAUAUGAAACUAAUGUGUUGGGAUUCAAGGGUCCAAGAAAAAUGUCUGUCAUACUCCCAGCAUUGAACAAUGAAAAUAAAAGAAUUGAAAUGAAAUCAAGUGUGGAGGGAGAAGGCAUAUUAGAAAAAUGGAAAGCUAAAAAUAUGGAAAAUUUGUUGGAAUUGCACAAUAAAACACCAGUUUGGAAUGAUGAAACGCAAUCUUAUGUUUUGAACUUUCACGGAAGGGUAACUCAAGCUUCAGUCAAGAACUUUCAAAUAGUUCACAUUAAUGAUCCUGAUUAUAUUGUGAUGCAAUUUGGAAGAGUGUCUGAAGAUGUGUUUACCAUGGAUUAUGGUUAUCCAAUGUGCGCCAUUCAAGCAUUUGCAAUUGCGUUAUCAAGUUUGGACAGUAAACUAGCUUGCGAGUAAGAAAAGGAGUGAACAAACAUUAACUUGUGUUUAAAAAAAGAAGGAAAAAAAACUUACAUCGAUUGGUAUCUGUGAUACCGUAUGUCUUUCGUGUAUUGUUCAUAGCUGUAUAUAUGUUAUAGCUGUAUAUAUUAAUGUUGCAACAUAAUUUAUAAGAUCGGUAUAACAUUUUGUGGCCAUAUCAAUGUGGAUUUAUUGAUGUUUUAUAUUAUAGUAUUCUUUCUAGACUUGUGAAUUGUGUCCAAGAAAUAUAUAUAUACUUGUACAGUGGAACCCCGGUUUUGCGUUGUCUGUUUUGUACGUUAUUCCGCUUCCUCCGUCAUUUUCUGCUGGUCAAUAAAAAUUGCCUAAACCGAUAAUGUUUAAAUAUCCCGGAUUUUACGUUACACUUUUUAAGAAAAUUCGGCUACAUAGUUUUUUUUUACCAGACCAAAAUAAUUUUCUCUACAAAGUAUUUCUCUACAAAGCUCGUACAAACUUUUUUUAUGUUUUUUAAAGAGACUUGUUUAUUGGCCUGUUUGUAGCUUUCCUGGCAUUCUUUCUAUUCUGUCUUACUGUUCUUGUGAGAGGGGAUUUCCCCUUUGAAUUAAAAUCAGAAGGGUGAUGGUAUGGGCAAGUCAAUAGCCCACUUUAAGAGGGGUCAAAGGUAGUAUGGGAGCUAGUGGAAUUUUUUCCAGCAAGCUUUAACCUUUGAGUCUUGAAUUUAUCCAAUCAUUUAAAGAACAUCCUAUUCAAAAUUGUUACUCUUAACAACUUAUUAGGUAGUAAUUUUUUUUUCUUGAUUCCUGUGACCUGAAAAAUGCUUUUAAAGCAACAAUUAAUGUUCUGUAAGCUUUGAAUUUGCUUUCUACAGUGUGGGAGAAAGUCGACUAAAAUGCAUUGCAAAUGUGUUAAAGAAAGCAGCUUGGGGUUAUACUCUUUUCGUUAUCCAAUGGGAACAUUGGCCUUUCGAAAUAAAAUUGCAUAUGUGAAGAUUUUCUGAAGUCGAUGACGACUGCAGCAAACAUUUUAUUACUUUAUGUGCCUGCUCUCGAUGAUAGCGAUGGAAACUAUGAGGAUGAACAAAAAAUAUAGGAGGAUAUGCCUACAACUGAUCAGAGUUUGAAAGUAUAAAAACUCUAACAUUUGUGAAUGUAAACCAUAAAGUAAAUUUGUAAACAAUAAAUAGUAAGUUGAAAGGGAUAUUGUUGAUUAUAUCUAAAAGCAAAAUCAUGUAAAGAUGAUAUAUUUUUUCUAAUAGUUCAUCUCGUAAGUACCAAUUUUUGAAAAGAUUACUUCGAUUUUUUUUUUUACCCCUAAUUUACGUUAUUCCGCUUCUUGCAUUUUUUAACGUUAGUCCGAGACGGAAAAGUCAAAAUCGGAGUUCCACUGUACGUGCAAUAUAUAUAUAUAAUAUAUAUAUAUAUAUAAAACUGGGUUCCCAAAUUCAAACUUUUUUGUAGAAAAAAUUAAUAAAUAAUUAGCUUAAAACAAAACAUUUCGAAGAUUUAAUCAGACCCUUUUAGCUUGUUGUGGCCAUAUUGUUGCGACUUAUUAUUUUGCAGAGAAUGUUGCGGAGCCAUCUCAUAGCAAAUGAUUGAACUAAUUUAGCUGUGGCUUGUUGUACUGUUACCUAACUGAGGUUAAGAGAAUUUUUUUGCAACAUUUUGUCGCUUAUUGUCUCACAAUUAGCUUGUUAUUUAUCAGUUAAAACUUCAUUCGAAAAAAAAAUUACUUUUGGAAUACCAACCUGACAAAUCUAUAAGUAUGCAUCAUAAUAGUGUUUGUUCCCUUGUUUUAUAUUUUUUAUUGUGAGACACAAUUUCAAUAAAAACAUAAAAUUAUAACUUUAGGAGGUUUAAAAUACAUAAGAAGAAAAUUCUUUUGAUAGUUGAAGAUAUAAAUUGCACCAUAAAUUCUUAUUUAUUUAAAUUUUUUAUUCAUAAGAUUUUAAUCAUCCAAAAAAAUUUGAAAAAAUUGAAAAAAAUAAAAAACGAUUCAAAUUUCUUAAAAGCUCUUUGUCAGUACUCGUACGGAUGAAAUUUUAUUCCAAUAGUAAUAUAUUUCGUUUAAAAGUUCAUUUAUAUCACUUUUGUAUGUUUCAAUUCUUAUUUGUAGAAAUGUCGUCAUUGUGUAUAAGAUUCAUAUUCCAAAUGUAAAGGUGUAUCAAAAAGUAUGGUUAAUUAAGUUUCUAAUUUUGAAAAAGUAUGUUUUCGAUAGUUAGGUAAUGGUCGAGGGACAAAUAAAUAAAAAGCUUUUAAGUUUGACAAAUCGCAUCUUUAUAAUAUUCUUGAGAGGAAUCGUGGUAGUAUCAAAUCUUCCAUAAAAUUUUCAAAAAAAUCUUGUUUCAGGUUUAAAGUUGUAAAUCUUCCAUUGUAACGGAAUGGAGGUAAUAUUGGGUUAAUGCAAAAGUAAUUUCGUUUUUUUAGUGUGAAAGGAAACUCAAUUUUUUCUAUAAAAAAAGCUUUUAUAAGUUAAAUAUCCUCAUUAUGUUUGAUGACCUUUUCCUGGUUAAUUCAUGAUUCUGUGCUCAUAGAGCUUCUAGUCUUCAUCAGCAAAAAAUUCAACCAAUCUGAGGUAACUCUUGUUACUGAAAUUUUUACAAUUUAAAAAAUUUUGUGAACAUCGAAAUAAGUGAUAAUCCAAUGGUUAAAGGUUGAGUCUAUAUGGGGAAUGCAACAUAACUUCCCAACCAAUCUUCAAUAUUUUUGUGCGUAUUGUUAAAGAUGUGUGAGGCCUCCUAUCGCAUGGUGGAACACAAUUUCAUUGUGAUCACCAUGUAGCCAUAUAGCUCUAAACUUACACUAUCGGAUUAUCACUUAUUUCGAUGUUUACAAACCUUUUUAAAUAGUAGAAAUUUCAGUAAUAAUGAUGACCACAAUUUGCUCUUGGUUGAGUUUUUUGCUGAUGAAGAUCAGAAGUUCUAUGAGUGCAGGAAGAAAGAUCGCAAAUGUCAGAGAACCGAAUGGAAGAUAACUGAUUAAAGUUCAUUUUUGUGAGAAAAAAAAUUGUUUUAUUUCACAAUAAAAUACCGAAAUACUUCAAGGGGCAAAAUACAUUGUAAUCCGAAACAGCUAAAUCAAGCUUAUGCAAAAGAUGUUCGAGAAACUUUUACUUUUAACCCUGCUGAUGUUUAUGAUUCGACCAUCUUUUUAUCUGAACAGCACGUUUGUCCUUUUGAAUCAAUGGCGGUAAAGACCACCUUUAAAGUAUAUUUUUAGAAUCCUUCCCAAGAAUAAAGUAAAAUAUAAGUAUACACAUUAAAAGAGUUAAUACUUCAGCGGGAAAGAAAACCUGCAGAAGGAACCAUUUCUGAUAAAUGCGAGACUAAAAACAACUGCUUGAUUUGCGGAAGAAAAUUAAAAGGAGUUGAAAAUCCCAGAUUCGUCAGGCAAUCAAAGUGUUUUUCAUUCCUCACUCUUACUAUUGUAACAACAUAGUUUUAAACUUGUUGAAAUAUUAACUUGUGACCUUUAAUCAGUGUUCUUUUUUUCGACUUCAGUUUUGACACGGAUUCUAAAAUUGUACAAGACAUACAUAUACAAAGACAGACAUACACUAAAAAAAAUAUUAUCUACUUAAAAUAUUUUAGACCUUACUUUUUGAUAUACCUUGUAACUAUCUAGUCAAUACAUAUGUUGUGAUAACCUAUAUAAUUUUUUUUUUUAUUGUUUAUGUAUAAAAAUACGCAAUCAUUCUUGUUUGUUGCAAAUUUAUAAAUUUCUAGUGCACAGAACUGUAUAGACUAAUUUUCAAAUGGGAAAAACCUUUGAUUGAACAUGGCACUCAAUAACAAAAAUCACCAAAUAUAUAAGAAAAAGAAAUUUUUCGAAUGAAACUAACUACUAGCAUAGAGCGAACCAAUGCGUAUUUUGCGAAUGAAAUAUUAAGGAUAUAAUUGAGCAAAAAAGAUAAAUAUAAAAAAGUUUUUUGUUCAUUUCAUUUAGAAAUACAUUUUUCAAUAAUCAAAAUAUGAAUAGAGCCGGAGUAAUUAUAAACAAAUAUAAUAUAAUGAGUUAGUAAGAAAUAUCUUUACCUUUUGCUUACAACAUUCAGCAUGCUGAAGCCUGUCAUACUGGUCCACUUCUUGUACCGUGAGCAAAAGGCUAAUAUUGGAAAAUUAAAAUUUAAAAUGCAAAUGUUUAAAAUUUAAAAUAAAAUUGUCAUCAUUUUUAAAUAAUUCCAAUUCUAAUAUCAAUCUAUUAUAAAAUGUUUUGAUCUUUAUUACAAAUACUACUGUUAGACUAGUAAACUUAUAGACAAUUAAAUACGAAGAAACUUUAAAAUAUGCAAUUUAGGAAAAAAAACUCUCUACUAAAUUACAUUGAACGAAUUUUUCUUCUGUUCAAAUUAAAUAUUAAGUAUAGAAAUUUUAAAUAAAUUGUAUCAUGGGUAUCGCGCUGAAACAAGGUAACACAAUAUUUUUGUAGCUAUGUAUACAUUUUUUAUGAUUAUGGUAUCUAGUUUUAGCUUUGAAAGGCCAUAACUAGGUAACUAAAACUUUAUUUUUUCAGUUUGUGUAAGAAAUAUAAGUUAUUUCGUGUGAAUAAAUACAUAUUGUUUAAAAAAAAAAUCUUCUUCCAAACUGGUUAUGUAAUCACCAUCCCUUAUAUAUUUUUAGAAUAUCAGACAAAAAUGAAAUUACAAGCACAUUAAAGAUGGCAAUUUAAUUAUUUAAACUAAAAAAAUACAAAAAUAAUUUACAAAACAGAAAAAAAAAACAGGAAUUAUUACUAAGAAAGACGGAUAUGAAUCAAUAAAUCUGAGUAUAGGUGAAACUUAAAAGCAUUUAAAAUAAUCACUUUUCACUUACUUAAAAUUUUUUGAAAUCAAAUAGGUUUGGAUUGAUCUAAGUAACUCGCCAGGUUUCGAUAAGGUUUUUGUUUUUCCUCAAUUAAAUAUUAGUUUUUGAUAAGGUAUCAGAUUCCUAUAUAAUUUUGGUUUCAUUUUUGCCAAUUCUAAAAAUAUAUAUUAUGUGUAAUAAUGACAGAAGAGUCCAUAGAUUGGAAACAUAACAGUUCGUUAAACCAAAUUUAUUUUACUUAAUUUUAUACAUGCUGUUUAUAAAUAUAGUUCAUGCACGUAUUUGUAAACCACUCAACUACACAAAUUUUCAUUAUAAGUUUUAUUUUAUAUAUAAAAAUACUUCUUAUUUCACUAUAGAUAUUUUUAAUCAGUGUGUGUAAUAAUUUUAUCUCGUGUUAUCUAUGUGUUCAGUAAUGACAUUAUUAUUAGUUGAAAAAAAUAAAGUGUUCCUUCAUUUUGU